CGGUAGGCGGGCGGCAUGGCGGCAUUAUCUCCGAAUGUGGUCAGUCGGCACUUGGAUGUGGCGGCUAUGCUGCCAGCCUACUGCAGUGGGUUAACAACACAGCAGCACAGAGAUGGCUAUUCCUUGUUGAAUUGUGACACAUUCUACAUAAUUAAAAAAAGCCACUCUCAUUGAGUGUCUGAUUACCAUCUGUGGGUUUCACUUUGGUGACAUGUGCUGCAAAGCAUAUUG